AUGGCGACUAAGACUAUCCAUGAGAACUCGCAAUUCCAGAAGCCCUCUUUUCUACGCUGGACGUGGGAGUCACCCGGUGGAGGGUACCGUAAUGAAGUAGACCACAUCAUCGUCAAUAAAAGGUUCUGCCUUACGGACGUCGCUGUUGUACCAAAGUUCUAUACGGGAUCGGACCAUCGCCUCCUCGGAGGAAGAUUUUCCUUCACAAGGAGAGAAGAGAAAGCCGCCACGCUCAGAGAGCGAAAUCCCAGAACUAUCAUUAACUGGAAUCUCUUCGCUAUGCUAGCCGGCUUUUGGGAAGAUUCCGCAAUGGACAACACCGACGAGAGUUUUAAAGCCACCAAGAGGCGCUUGUCUCUUGAAACUCUUGAGCUGAUACGCCAGCGUGGAGCAGCAGGAGCCGCAGGGAACCAAGAACUCACGUCCGAGCUCGCAAGGCUUUGCAGAGAGGCGGUAAUAGAAGACCUUAAAGAGAGAAGAGCAGAAGUGCUGGCUGAGGCUGCAGAGGCGGGGAAAAGCAUCCGCCAUGCCCGUCGAGACUUCGCCAGUCGCAAGACGAAGAUGACUGCUCUCUGGAACCCGAAGGGAACAACCAUUGCAUCGAGAAGUGGGAUGGAGAAAAUCAUCUACGACUUCUACUCUGAUCUCUUCGACAGCCAUGUCCACUUGCCUGCUCACUAUCUGAGGGAAGAAGGACAUGUCAUUCCAGAGGUUCUUCCGUCCAAAAUACGACAUGCUGUCAUGUCGGUAAGAAAUCGUACGGCACCCGGUCUCGACAGAAUAAGACCAGGACACCUGAAGAACCUUCUGCCAGUACUCAUCAACAACCUGGCAAGGCUCUUUACACGUUACCUGUCGGAAUGCAAUGUUCCAAAGCAGUGGAAGACCAGCAAGACCGUGCUGCUGUAUAAAAAAGGAGAUCCACAUGACAUCGACAACUAUCGCCCAAUCUGCUUACUGUCCGUCAUCUACAAGCUCUUUAUAAGAGUGAUCCUUAAUAGGAUUGAAAAAGUCUUGGAUGAAGGACAGCCAUGCGAGCAAGCAAGGGUUUCGAAAAGGAUUCAGCACGAUUGA